AGAGCGUUCCGGGUCAUGCCUGUCUUUACCUCCCCAGGAUGCGGAGAGCUGGUUUGGGUCGGAGAGCCGCUGACCCUGCGGAGAGCCGAAACAAUCACGGGCAAGUACGGCGUGUGGAUGAGAGACCCGAAGCCCGUCCCGCCGCACACCCGGGAGACCACGUGGAGAAUCGACACGGUGGGCACGGACAUCCGGCAGGUGUUCGAGUACGACCGCGCCGCGCAGUUCCUGCGGGGUUACCCCUCCAAGGUGCACGUGCUGCCGCGGCCGCUGGAAGGCACGGGCGCCGUGGUCUACCGGGGCAGCCUCUACUUCCAGGGCGCCGAGUCCAGGACGCUGGUCCGCUACGAGCUGGCCACCGAGGCCGUGAAGGCCGAGCAGGAGCUCCCCGGGGCCGGCUACCACGGGCAGUUCCCGUAUUCGUGGGGCGGCUACACGGACAUCGACCUGGCUGUGGACGAGACGGGCCUCUGGGUCAUCUACAGCACGCAGGAGGCCAAGGGCGCCAUCGUCCUGUCCAAACUGAACCCGGAGAGCCUGGCCCGCGAGCAGAGCUGGGAGACGAACAUCCGCAAGCAGUCAGUGGCCAACGCCUUCCUCAUCUGCGGCCGCCUGUACACCAUCAGCAGCUACUCGUCGCCGGAUGCCACGGUCAACUUCGCCUAUGACACGGCCACGGGCCGCAGCAAGGCGCUGAGCGUCCCCUUCAAGAACCGCUACAAGUACAGCAGCAUGGUGGACUACAACCCGCGGGAGAAGAAGCUCUUCGCCUGGGACAACUUCAACAUGGUCACCUACGACGUCAGGCUCUCCAAGAUGUGAGGAGCCGCGGGCAUCAGGGAAGGCCGCGGGCCACGGUGGCUGGGGCUCCGGAGGGCGGAGU